GUUGACAGAGAGGGUUGUGUUGCCCGGGCCUCCCACGGCCGCUCUCCCUCGUUUUACACGCGUCCGCCAGGAGAGAGCUUAAACCCUGCUUCCCCCGUGACUUGGAGGAACUUGCUGAACUUGCCAAGCUUCCAACUUGGAUUUCUUGAACAGAAAAAAAACUCAAAUUCUGUUUUUUCCCCUUGACGUGAAAACUUGAAGAUUCUUAAAGCUUAUCGCAUAUGGCGAGAAACCUCGCGAUUGUGAAAUGGCCAAAAAAUAUCCCGGAAAUGGAAAUUGUGUUUUAAAAUAGGCCUUUACCGAGGCAGGUGUGAAACGGUCUCCUAAUAACACCCAGAAACCCGGUGGUCCAUUCCAAAAGAAGAGAAGUGGCCAAGUGCCAAGGCCAAGGUGAAGCUCCCUGGCCAGGUCGAGUGAAUCAGGCCCAAUGGCUCGCCAGGGGAACUUUCUGGUUGUCCUUCAGCUGAUCGCUGUCGUGGUCGGCACCUCCGCCCCGCUCCCCAAAACCAAGGUCCGAAGCGGCUUAGAAAACAGCCCUUUGACGGAGGUUCACGCAGUCGAGGCCAGCCGCGUCCUGCUCCCGUGCGAGGUCAAGCCGCCCGUUCCCAGCGACGACACGAUUCUUGUUCUGUUCUACCGCGGUUCUAUAGGAACGCCGAUCUACAGCAUCGACGGGCGCAACAGCCCCGUGCGCCAGUCUCCCCACUGGAAGGACGAGGCGGCGCUGGGAAGCCGAGCGUACUUCGACCUCACCAAGCACCCGCCGGGCCUCGUACUCGACCCCGUAGAGGCGCUCGACGAGGAUGAGUACGUGUGCCGCGUCGACUUCCGGUCCUCGCCCACCAGGAACGUCCGCGUCAAACUGCACGUCGUGGUUCCUCCAACUGGAAUCCGCUUGAUGAACGAAGCCAACGUGGACGUCAGCGGAGUCAUAGGCCCGUAUCCUGUAGGUGCCACGGUGACCCUCAAAUGCCAAGUCGUGGGAGGUCAUCCCCGACCUAUCGUGACCUGGCGGAGCGACGGGAUCCUCCUGGACGACGUGAGUGAAGGUUUAGGGCCCGAUGACACGGUGAACACCCUGGUCCUCGAAUCCCUCACCAGGAACGACCUCUACCGGGUCCUCACCUGCCAGACAGCCAACUCCAACCUCACCGUGCCUCUCGCAGCCGCCGUUACCCUCGACAUGAGCUUCCCUCCCUUGGACGUCCGAAUUCUUGGCUCGAGAAACAACCCCUUUUCUGCGGGCGAGCGGUACGAGCUGGUCUGCGAGUCUUCGGGUUCGAGACCUUCGGCGAAGAUCACUUGGUGGAAGAAUGGGAUGCUCAUGACGGAUGCCAGGAUACAGGUAUUCCAGGAGGGUAACGUCAGCAGGUCGACUCUCUACCUGACACCCUCACCUGCUGACAACACCGUCUACAUUUCCUGUCGUGCCGAGAACCAACAGGUGCCUGCGUCGGGCUUAGAAGACGUCAUCAAAUUGGACGUACACUAUUCCCCAAGACUCUCCCUCCUCGCUGGCCAGAAUCUCGACAUGGACGACAUCAAAGAAGGCGACGACGUGUACUUCGAGUGUAAUAUUGUCGCCAACCCAAAGGUCUACAAAGUCCAGUGGUUUCAUAACGGAGACGAAAUCACGCACAAUGUGUCAGCUGGUGUGAUUCUCAGCAAUCAGAGCCUGGUGUUACAGCAGGUCACGAAAAGGUCAUCAGGUCAGUAUACAUGCACGGCCGCCAACCUCCACGGCAGCAGCGGGUCAAACGCCGUCCAGCUGAGCGUCAAAUUCGCGCCCCUUUGCCGUGGGGGACAAAAGGUAGUGUACGGCGCCGGGAAGCACGAAGAACUUAAUGUUACGUGCAAUGUGGAAGCACAUCCAGAGCCUUUUCGUUACAGGUGGGCGUUCAAUAGUUCGUCCGAGGUCGUGGACAUCCCCGUCAGCCGAACGUGGGUAGUCGGGAAAGGGUUAAGCCAGGUCUCGUACACACCGCACAGUCAUCAGGAGUACGGGUCGUUGCUGUGUUGGGCCAGAAAUGACGUCGGGAUGCAGAAACAGCCUUGUAUCUAUCACGUUAUACACGCUGCUUCCCCGGACCCGGUGAACAACUGCACGGUGGAGAACGUGAGUUCGACGGGCGCGGCCGUGCGGUGCCAGGCGGGCUGGGACGGCGGGCUGGCGCAGACCUUCACCCUGUCUGUGAGUCACGCCCGCGCCCACACCCGCGGCCAGGACAAGAAGAACGAGGCGCCCCGCGUGCUGGCCAACACGUCGACGUCGCCGCGGCCCGAGUUCACGCUCACGGGGCUGCAGGCCGGCACCGAGUACGUGCUCACCAUCAUGGGCGUCAACAAGAAGGGCCAGAGCGAGCCCGUCAGACUCAAGAUCUUCACCCUCAAGGACAUAGCUGAGAAGCAUACAAGCCCAGUCGGAGGAACGUUGGCAUUCACCUCCCUCCUGGCGGUGAUCCUGGGCGUGGUCGCCUCCCUCCUCCUCAUGGCCGUGGUCAUCGUGUUGGUGGUCAGGUCCCGCUGCGCCCACGUACACAAGCCAGAGGUCAAGAUGGUGUACAACAAGGGCGUCGCGAGUCCGUCCCGCGGCUCUGACGAUGACCUCAAUUCGGACGACCCGAAUCCUGACGUCAUUCCUAUCAACGAUGUCAAGCUACAUUUUCUUCCAGACCAUCUGGUGAAGACAACCCAACAGGUUCACCAGAGGAAACAUCCCCAGCAGAACCCACAGCAAGAUCCCACAGCCACAGCUUCGGGUGCCGAACCGUCUCCCGACCCAGGACCUUUACCGUGCCACCUCGAGGCGUGUGCUGACCCGCAGUGCCACCCGUUAACCGACUAUGAUUCCUUCUACAUCAACCCUGGCACUCUCGUUCGACAGGAACCGCCAUUGAUGACGUCACAGAUCCAGUCGCAAUUGAUGACGUCACAGAUCCAGUCGCCAUUGAUGACGUCACAGAUACCGUCGCCACAUCCGCCGACCCAGUUCAUUACUGCGACGCCCACAGCUACGUCCAUCGCGCCCACGUUGACGUCAAGAACUCACUGUGUCAUCGCCUCUGACGUUUAGACGUAGCGUUUGAAAAGAGCCAGGAAGCUGUUCGCAUUUACGUCUAUUGACAGACUUCUUUGCAUUGUGUCUUCGGCUCUGUUAUAUCAUUGAUAGAAUGGAACGCGUGAAAAGACGUUUUUAAGAAAAGCUGAUAUAAAACGCGAAGCUUUUUUUUCUUUCUUACAAGCAGGAGUUGCUAAUAGCGGGAAACAAAUUCAAUGAAAAGAAUGAUAAAACGGAAUAUACUAUAUCCAGUUUCUGUAUCCGAGAAAAGUGCGAUGCUUGGGAACAGCAACAUGGGAAAUGUGUUGAUACAAAGAGUUUGGAUUUUAACUAUCUUUUAUUGUUUUAUAUCUUUCUUUUUUUUUAAACUAGAGAGAGAAAAUAGACCAAGGCGACGGUGAUGAUGGCUAACGAUGGCCGAACCAUUCCGAUCAUGGCGAGAACUCACGCGAGCCAAGGCUGUGACGUGAACGGUUAUUGUAACAAAUGACAAACAUAAUCGUAUGUUUUUUGGGCAUAAUGUUCAGUGUUAAUAUCAUGUGUUUCUCCAGACCAUAAAAGUGUCGGUGUCUCGUAAGUGUGUUAUUUCACCAGUUCACCUUCAAUACGCACAGAAGAAGAAGGAAAACAAAUAAAGAGAAAAAAAACAAAACAAAAAGAAGCUGUAUAAGUGUUCGUGCAUACGUUGUGAAAUGGACUAAUUUCAGAUUCUGAAGUGAGAAAAUUCGCGAUUUCUUGGCUGUGUCGUAUAAUUCUUAUCCAACCAUCUUGAAGCUGCGUGAGGCAAAAGCGAUUUGCGUUUCCUGUCAAAAAAACAAAAAACGAAAAAAAAAUAUAUAUAUUACUAAGCAUUUAUAGAGUAUUUCUGAUACCAGGGACGCUUCAGCAAAGGUGCCAAUGAAAUGCUAACGAUGGGGAGAAGAGUGUUGAUCGAGUGUAAAGAGGG